AUGUCACGCUCUACGAUUCCCUGCAAGCGCUCCGCGGAUGCUCAAGAAGCAGCAUGGGUCGCAGAUGAAGACAGAUUUGUGCUACAGCAGGCAAAAAAGAAGGCAGCGAUCCGGGUCAAAGGCGGACGAGCGCAGCCGGUAGAUUGGCUGGCUGUCACCUUGGCAGUCAUUGAUCCGGAACGCAAUCCACUGGACGGUGAGAUUGAUGCGGACGAUCUUGAUCUUGUGGCCCCAGAGACUGUUUUUGAGGGCCUCGAUGACGCGCAGUUGGCUGAGCUUGGGAAGGCCAUCGACACAUACAUCACUCUGGAGUCAAGCAAGAGCAAUCACGAAUACUGGAAUAUGAUGAAAACAAUCUGCAACGACCGAAGAAAAACAUCAUCAGAUGGGCAAAAUGCAGCGCGGGCUGUCUCGUCAGUCGCGGCUGAUUUAGACAAACUUUUAGGUCCCAAAACACUGGAAGAACUAGAGAAACUGGAGAAGCAAAUCCGCGCGAAGCUUGCAUCAAAUGAGCCAAUUGAUACCGACUACUGGGACCAUCUGCUCAAGAGUUUGCUCACCUACAAGGCAAGGGCGAAGCUGCGCAAAGUCUCUGAAUCCAUUCUGGAUGCACGCUCUGGAGCUUUGCGCAAGCAGCAAGCAGCGGAAGCCAUAGCCCUCAAAUCUCGUCUCGAAGCACGGCUUCAAAAUCAGUCCAAUACAUUUAGUGGAGAAUCAUUGCAGAAUCCCGCUGGUGCCAGCAACUUGGAGAGACAUCCGUUAGACCCAGAGCCGCUUCUUCGUUUGCGCAGCGAGGACAAGUCACUUCCGUCUAUGACCAGCGGAGAAUUUGCGCAAAGCAUCACCGAGGAUAGACGUAAAAUUCUGAAGGCAGGCUUUGUGCCCCAUCGGAAGAGAGCCGGCGAGAAUGGGUCAGAGCCUGUUGCCAAGCGAUCUCGGACAGAUGGUGGCGACUCCACUCAAUCUGCCUUUGACCGCGAAGUCGCACGUGGUCUUGGAGAGAACGAGGAGUUGUUCAUUCAGGAGGAAGAAGUCGUCACGAAGAAUAGAGCAGAGUGGGACCAGCAAUAUCGACCACGUAAGCCCAAGUGCUUCAAUCGAGUUUCGUUGGGCUAUGAGUGGAACAAGUACAACCAGACACAUUACGAUCACGACAACCCGCCGCCCAAAGUGGUUCAAGGUUACAAGUUCAACAUCUUCUAUCCUGACCUCGUGGAUAAGACAAAGGCACCCACAUACCGAAUCGAGCGAGAGAAUGGAAGAAAACGUGGUCAGACUUUUGCACCUGCUGGCGAGGACGACACUUGCUUGAUUCGCUUUGUUGCCGGAGCACCUUAUGAAGACAUCGCAUUCCGUAUCGUCGACAAGGAGUGGGACUACAGCGCCAAACGCGGGAGAGGCUUCAAAAGCAGCUUCGACAAGGGCAUUCUCCAACUUCACUUCCAAUUUAAGAAGAUCUACUACAGGAAAUGA